CUUAAAAUCCUUGGCCAAAAGGACACGGCUCUAGGGCUUGAAGCAACCUCUCCCUAUAUAAGCCUCCAUACCGUCUCAUUUCUAUUCAUUUCUAUCUCACAAACCCUAGUAGACGACGAGAACAGACCCGCCAUGGGACGAAGACCAGCAAGAUGCUAUCGGCAGAUAAAAAACAAGCCGUACCCAAAGUCACGGUACUGCCGUGGUGUCCCCGACCCAAAGAUCAGGAUCUAUGAUGUUGGUAUGAAGAGAAAAGGAGUUGACGAGUUCCCUUUCUGUGUUCACCUGGUAAGUUGGGAGAAGGAAAACGUCUCGAGUGAGGCUCUUGAGGCCGCGCGUAUUGCCUGCAACAAGUACAUGACAAAGUUUGCUGGGAAGGAUGCCUUCCAUCUAAGGGUUAGGGUCCAUCCUUUCCAUGUCUUGCGUAUCAACAAGAUGCUCUCAUGUGCUGGGGCUGAUAGGCUCCAGACUGGAAUGAGGGGUGCAUUUGGGAAGCCACAAGGGACGUGUGCCAGGGUGAGCAUUGGCCAGGUCCUGUUAUCUGUUCGCUGCAAAGAUUCCAACAGCCAUAAUGCUCAGGAAGCUCUCCGUCGUGCCAAGUUCAAGUUUCCCGGCCGCCAAAAGAUCAUCGUCAGCAGGAAAUGGGGUUUCACCAAAUACAGCCGCACUGAUUACCUUAAAUGGAAGGAAGAGAACCGCAUCGUCUCUGAUGGCGUCAAUGCUAAGCUUCUUGGUUGCCAUGGACCUCUCACCAAUCGCCAGCCUGGAAGAGCAUUUUUGGAUGCGACUACUUAGCUGUCCAUUCUGCAAAGAGGAAGAAGGGCUCCAUUCUCGCCAUUUGCUUGAUAUCUUUCUAGGAAAAAAUUAUUUGCUGUUAGCUAUGUUUUGGCCGUACAAUUCCUAUAUGUUUUGAAUGUGUGCCUGCCAGAGAGGCGUGGUGAACUCUGUCUGAGGGGCUGUCAUUGUUGAAUUUGCAUUUUGUCGGUGUUAUUAGA